AUUUUAAGACGCCAGACGUUGGGAAGUGACCUCAUUAUCAAGCGACAGAAGAACCGUGUUCAAUUGUUUGGGAAAUUGUUUGCGCAUUGCAAUGAGACAGUGAAAAGAAACCGAGGAAGAAAUAAAAUGGCCACACAAAGAGUUCUCUCUCAAAGUAAAGAGACUCUUCUGCAGAAUUACAACAAGAGACUAAAAGAUGACAUCAGAUCCAUACUGGACAACUUCACUGAGAUCAUCAAAACUGCCAAGGUGGAAGACGAAACCCAGGUCUCUAGAGCAACACAAGCAGAGCAGGACCACUAUGAAAUGCACGUCAGAGCUGCCAACAUCGUACGAGCUGGUGAGUCUCUGAUGAAGCUGGUGUCAGACCUGAAGCAGUUCCUGAUUCUGAACGAUUUCCCAUCUGUAAACGAGGCCAUUAGCCUGCGCAACCAACAACUACGUGCCCUGCAGGAGGAAUGCGAUAAGAAGCUCAUCUCCCUGCGUGACGAGAUCGCCGUCGACCUGUACGAGCUCGAGGAAGAGUAUUACUCAUCCAGGUACAAAUAGAUCCUGAUCCAGAGACCCUGCAGUCCUGUAGUCGAGUAUCAUAUACACACUCCCUUAUCCGCACCAAUAACACGUAUCUUAGUGCCUUAGACCACAAUGUGAGUGUCCCAAAUUCAUUCAUACAGGCAUUCACAAACUGUAGUGCCUUUAAAAUGGAACAAGAACAUAAAAGCGGGCUAAACUUGUAAUGAUACUAUAACAUUUAUCAUAUUUUUUUAGCUGGAUAGUCAAAUGGACUAAAAAGGAAACUACGAAUUAAUUAUUAAUGGGUUUUUUACACCAGAGUUUUUAAAAAAAAUAUGCAAAAGUGAGCUUGAACGCUAUUAAAUAUUUCCAUACAUUUUAAUAAGUCAAAUCAAAUAAAACAUGCAUAUUGUACACAGCAAGUUAAAUAAGGACAGUAGAAUACAAAUAUAACUAUUCAUAAAGGUAUGUAAAGAUAGUGUCUAAUGCUGUUUAUGGUAUAUUAGUUCAACUUAUUAGUAGUCAUGUGACUAUAUAUUUAAAGUUUCAAUUUACAUAGACUUAUGCAAACGAGGCUUAUUUCUAAUGCAAGUAACAGUAACUUUAUAAAGCACGUAACCGACUGGGGUCCUCCUAAUGAUCCCAUGAACAUAUUGUUAAAUAUUCGAACAAAAUAUAUAGAAUAUAAUAUGUAAUAAAACAUUUUAAAUAUAUCAAAGCUCUGUGUUGUAUUAAACAUGCAAAUUUAAAUAGAAAAAAAGUUAAAAUCCAUCACACUGAUGUGAGAACUGGCCAAGUAAGCAGCCUAGUGUACUAAUGAGCACGCUGGCUUCACCUCCCUCUAUUAAAUUAUUCUGGAAGUUCCUUAACACAGUGGCUACACGUAUCUUAAGUCCAUUAAUUUUUUCAUAAAUAGUUCUAGUUUUCUUUUAAGGUCGUUCAAACCAAACAUGUUAUGUUAAACUGGAGUAGCCUAGGUAUUUUGAAUGAGCUAUAAAUUUUGGGUCUUUAACCUUCGAUACAAAGGGCCGGUGUGAACGUAGGGUUUUACUUCAUCCAAACAGAAGGCAUUUGAUUUGACAAGGUGAUCAGAAUGCAACCGUAAGAUUGAAAAUUUGUGCUAUAAACAAAUUUGCUUGCUCAGAUUUACUGAAUAUUUUUAUAAUCAAAGCUACACAUACGGGUCGAUCAACAUGAACACGAGUGAAGCUUAUAUAGUGAUAUGUAAACUUGUACAUCAUAAAGGGCAGAAAUUGUGAUAAAACUUAGACAUACCUUUAUACUUUGUAUACAUGUCUUAUGUACUCACAAGACCAGCCGUAACCCGAUAAUGAAACAGUUACAUAUUUAAGUUCUCUGGGACUUUAAAGCAUCGCAUAUUUGUCAGGUUUAUUUUAAACCUGCCAUUAAUCAGACUAAAGAGGGUAAAUAAAGUGUAAUAUCUAUAAAAGACUCUAAGCUAAUCUAGAAAACUCUUACUUACUUUUGUCACUUCCGCUACAGUAUUUUGCAGAAUACAUUUACAGAACAUUACAGAAGUUAAGCUUAAGUUUUUAAUUCAUUGAGUUCACCUGGUGACCGGGCGAUUUUUUUUUUUUUAUUGUUAUUAUUAUUUGUAUUUAUAACCUCCAUGGUUACUUUGGCCUUCGGUUUUGUGUGCGAGAAAUUUCACUUAAGCUUUAAUAAUAAAGCCGGAGGACUUUGAACUGCUGGUGCGGAAUUGCAAAUAAUGCUCAUGCUUAAUACAAGUAAUAAGUUUAUUCAAGUUAAGUACAUACAGAGAAUCAGCAGGCCCCAAUGAGUCCAUGUCUUUUUUCUUUUUUCUUUUUUUUAGGAUGCUUAAAUUUUGAACAAUGUUGUAAUGCACUAAAGUAGUUCUUUUUUCUGACUCUGUACCUCUGAAAUGAGGAGCACUCUGGGAGUUUUAAUAAUCUUGAGUAAUUCUUGUCAUUUUAUGGCAUGUAUUUAGAUUUCCUUUAUUGUAUACGAUGAAAAGAGAUUAUCAUUCACCUGUUAAAAUGUUAACGAAAAAGAUGUAUGAUUUUUAUAUAAGUACAUUUUUUAGCUUGCACUGGUAACAUCUCUAAUAUUUACACUGAUCUUAUUAUUUUUUUUAUUAUUAUUUUUUUUUUUUUCCUCCUCCACUGUCAGUUCUUCCUGGAUCUAGAAAGCUUAAACAGUGUAAGAUACCAGAUAUGGAUCAAUAACUUUACUGUUUAGAGUGUUAUAAUGUUAACAUUUCCACCACUGGGCUUGUUUGGCCGUUUUAAACAUUACAAAUAAAUCAGAAAGGAAAAGAGAGCAA